GUCGUGAUCACAGUUCAUUCUGGGCUUCUGAACCUACGGGUGUCGGGAAGCAAUUGGUACUAGUUGGUGGUUUGUUACACGGGCUUUUUUAUCCUGCGAGAGAAUCAUUCCGUUUUGGAACUCGGAUUCGAGUGAUCUAGUGACCCAGUGAUUUUGAUCGGAACUUUACACGGAGAAAAAAGGACGAGAAGGAUUUCUCGUUUGUGUGUCUUUUUGGAUUAGUAGCAGCGUUCAACGACGAGUGUUGUUCUGAUCAAGAUGAUGCUGUUCGUCGUAGCAUCAGCGCUGGUUGCGCUAGCGCAAACCGACGCCGUCAACGUGGCCACCUCUUACAGCGUGAUCCACCACGGUGAACCGCAGGAGCGCGUCCUUCACAAAUCGCCAAUCUUUGCCCCAUCCACCCACGUCGUUCACACUGCCUCACACUUUGCCCCCCUAGUUAGCGCCAAGACCACCAAGUACACCGUCCCAUUCCUGAGCGCCUACAACAAGGUCACACAGUGCCCGGCUCCACCACUAUGCAACAAGUCUCGCUACCGCACCCUGGACGGAUCGUGCAACAACCUGCAGAACCCAACCUGGGGUACCCCGAACCGCCCGUACGGUCGUCUCCUGACUCCAAAGUAUGGCGAUGGAGUGUCCACCCCAACCACCUCGGUCACCGGCCAGGAACUGCCCAACUCCCGUCUCAUCUCGCUGGUUGUCUUCGGCGAUGAGGAUGUUCCCGAUCCACAGUUCACCCUGGCCAACAUGCAGUGGGGACAGAUCAUGACCCACGACAUGAGUCUGCAGGCCGGCGGUACCCAAUCUAAGAAACACGCCACCAGAUGUUGUACCGACGAUGGCAAGCUCAUCGGCAAGUCCACCGCUCCAGCCACCUGCUAUCCCAUCAUCGUUCCGGAGAACGACCCCGCCCACUCCCAAACCGGAACCGAAUGUAUCAACUUCGUCCGUACGCUCACCACUCGCGAGGACGCCUGUACCCCAACACACCCGUCCGAACCGGCCGAACAGCUCACCACCGUCACAUCGUGGCUGGAUCUGUCCAUGGUCUACGGAAACUCCGAUCAGCAGAACGCCGGGAUUCGUGCCUUCACCGGAGGUCGCAUGGCUACCGUCGAGCGCGGUGGAUACGAGUGGCCACCAAAUAACCCCAACGCCACCACCGAAUGCGAUCUGGUCUCCCGCGACGAAGUCUGCUACCUGGCCGGAGAUGCCCGUGUCAACCAGAACCCAGGCCUGACCAUCAUGCAGAUCAUGCUGCUGCGUGAGCACAACCGCAUCGCCGACAACCUCCAGAAGCACAACCCACACUGGGACGAUGAACUGCUCUUCCAAGAAGCCCGCCGCAUCAACAUCGCCCAGUACAACUACAUCAACUACUACGAGUGGCUGCCAAUCUUCCUCGGAAAGGAGAACAUGCUCAAGAACCGUCUGAUCUACAACGCCAAGGCCGGAGACUACAUCAACGACUACGACCCAGCUCAAGAUCCUUCCGUGCUAAACUCCCACGCCACCGCUGCCUUCCGUUACUUCCACUCCCAGAUUGAAGGACGUCUUGACCUCGUUUCCGAAAUCCGCAAGCCAACCGGAUCCCUGCGCCUCAGCGACUGGUUCAACCGUCCAUCGAUCAUCGAAGCCGGCGACAACUACGACUUCCUGGCCCGCGGUAUGGCUACCCAACCCGAAGAGCUGACCGACGUGAACUUCGAUGCCGAAAUCAAACACUUCCUGUUCCGUCGUGGACGUCCCUUCGGAUCCGAUCUGCGUGCCUUCGAUAUCCAGCGUAACCGUGACCACGGUUUGGCCGGCUACAACGACUACCGUGAAUUCUGCGGCUUCAAGCGCGCUCACUCCUGGGAGGACUUCAUGGAUCUGAUCUCGCCACAGGACGUCGCUAAACUGCAGUCCCUGUACGCCAGCAUCGACGACGUGGAUCUAACUGUCGGUGGUUCGCUGGAAUCGCACGUCAACGGAGCCCUGGCCGGUCCAACCUUCCUGUGCAUCCUGACUGAGCAGUUCUACCGCACGCGUGUGGCCGAUCGUCACUUCUUCGAACGCGGAGACAAGGAAAACGCCUUCACCCGGGAACAGCUGGCCGAGAUCCGCAAGGCCAGCAUGGCUCGUAUCUUCUGCGACAACGGUAACCACGUGACCUCGAUGCAACCGAAGGCCUUCUGGCGGCCAUCGACCCACAACCAAGUCGUGUCCUGCGCGGAGAUCCCCGAGGUCGAUCUGAGCAUGUGGAAGGAUCUGUCCUACGACAACAGCCUGCACUCGUUCCACUACUUCCACAACUUCAAGAAAUAAGCCACUGAACUGAAACACACAGAGAGAUAUUAUCACGUGCAUUCCACGCGUACUUUACCACUUAGCGAAACAAGCUCAAAGCUAUGUAGUUUAUUCCUAUGAUGCCAGAUUGUUUGCUAGUUGUCCCCUUACUUCCCUAAACUCCUUUAUUAUCCUCCCAAAACCCCCCUAAAAUACUCCUUAAGAAAUUGCCUAAAUUUUGCGUUCUUUAUCGUUUAUAAUUGUGUGUGAUAAAAAAAAUCUACUAUUUUGCGCAUAUUUCCGACUACGAAAAAGUCAGCAAAAUCCGCCUUUAUUAGAACCUAUUGUUUGCCAUAAAAACUGAUAUUGUGAGUGCAAUUUGCAGAGUCGAAACGAAAACACGAAACCUCGACGAAACACACACACAUACGGACACAAAUAUUGAUUAAAUUAUAAAACAACCACAUUCCCACGAAAGUGUAGAACCCAUUCGCUGAAUAGAAGAACAAUAGCAUCGUGUAGGUAAAAUGCCUACAGAGAGACCAUUGUAGAUGAAUGAAACCAACACAAACAAGCAAUACAAAAUGAAAGCCCCGCCUGCCCCGCGUUGAAAUAUGUAGUGCAAAGUUACUACUCAAUACGAGCUAUAUAGAUAAUUUAGUAGUGCUAUGUUUUUUGUUUAGACUUAUUUAAUGUAUAGAUGAGGACGAAGAAGAAGAAAAAGUGUACAUGUUGAAAUGUAACGCACGUUUUGUUGUGAAUAAAGAAAUAAUUUAAGAAAAUAAA